AUGAGCAGCCUCCCCCCACAACCCAAGCUGUAUAACUCCGUCACCGAUCUACAUGGUGCUGGCGCCACCUAUCGUAAAGGGUGGGUCGUGCAAAAAUUCGGCGGUACUCUGGUGGGUAAGUUCCCCGAGAAUAUCGUCGACGAUAUCGUCAAGGUGUACCUGGAAACCAAUCGUGUCGCCGUGGUGUGUCUGGCCCGGUCCUCUCAUACCAAAUCGGAGGGUACAACGCUGAGGCUUUUGCAUCUGGCCGAGCUUGCCGAGUCCAAUGGAGACUUUGAAAAGAUCCUUAGACUCAUUGCCACUGACCACAUAAAUAAUGCCAAGGUGAGAAUCCAGGGUCAAGUGAUCCAGAACCAGUUGAUCGCCGAUACCAAUAAAGAGUUGGACCACGCUAAAGAACUCUUGCAUGCGUGUCAGGUGAUUGGGGAAAUCAGCCCCCGUACUCUCGACCACAUCAUGCUGAUCGGGGAAAAAUUGCUGUGUUUAUUUAUGGCGGCGCUUAUGAACGACCGUGGCGUCAAGGCUCAAUACGUUGACUGUCUGGACGUGAUCCCCCUCGACUAUGAUUUCAGCCACGGGUUUGACGAUAGAUUUUACCAAUUUUUGGCAAUUGAAUUGGGUAAAAAAGCCCUUGAAGUCCCCGAUGAUUGCGUUCCCGUCAUCACCGGUUACUUUGGGGUUGUCCCCGGUGGUUUACUUAAUGGUGUUGGUCGUGGUUACACCGAUCUUUGUGCUGCCCUUGUUGCUGUCGGUGUGCUGGCUGACGAACUCCAAAUCUGGAAAGAAGUCGACGGUAUCUUCACCGCUGACCCGCGCAAAGUGCCCAAUGCUCGUUUGCUUGAGCUGGUGACUCCCGAAGAAGCCGCCGAAUUAACUUAUUACGGGUCGGAAGUGAUCCACCCUUUCACCAUGGAACAAGUGAUCAAAGCUAAGAUUCCCAUUCGCAUCAAAAACGUCGAAAACCCUCAAGGCCAAGGCACGGUGAUCUACCCGGACAACAUCGGCCGUCGCGGUGAAUCGACGCCGCCUCAUCCUCCCGCUGCUCUCGAAGCCAUUCUGCCCCUGUAUCUUAACCUGUUACGCAAACGCCGACUGGCCACCGCCAUCACUGCCAAACUGGAUAUUGUUGUCGUCAACAUCCACCUGAAUAAGAAGACGCUUUCCCACGGGUUUUUGGCCCACAUUUUCACCACCCUCGACCGGUUCAAGUUGGUGGUGGACUUGAUUUCCACUUCGGAGGUGCACGUGUCGAUGGCGCUCCUGAUUGGCCUGGACCAAGAAGAUAAAUUGAAAGACGCCAUCAAGGAGUUGCGCAAAAUGGGUACCGUCGACGUCACCCGCGACAUGGCCAUUAUCUCCCUCGUGGGUAAGCAGAUGGUCAAUUUCAUCGGUAUCGCCGGGAACAUGUUCAAAGUGCUUGCCGACGAACGCAUCAAUAUCGAGAUGAUUUCGCAAGGGGCCAACGAAAUCAAUAUCAGUGCCGUCAUUAACGCCAAAGACAUCAUUCUGGCGUUGGUGCUGAUCCACGCCAAGCUCCUAGAAGGUCCCCUUGAAGAGGUGCCGCUGGAGUCGGCGCUGGCGGUGGACGUGAGAUUGGAGGCGUUGAAGUUGCAAUAG